CAGAAGAAGAAGAAAAAAAUGGAGAAACAGAGCAACUCCAAGAAAACAGCUUGGAUCAGGGGCAAGUUCUUAGGCAAAGGCGCCUUUGGUACCGUGAGCUUGGGAUUCAAUGAGUCAGACGGCACCGUUUUCGCUGUUAAGUCUGUCGAAUUGUCAACGUCGACGUGCUUUCCCAGCCAAUUGGAGUGCUUGGAGAACGAAAUCAGGAUCCUCCGUUCCCUUUCAUCUCCAUACGUCGUUGGUUAUCUCGGCGAUGACGUGACCACUUCUUACCGGAAUCUUCACGUGGAAUACAUGCCAGGUGGUACUGUUGUUGACGCGGCGGUUGUUAAACAACGGUCGGCCGACUUGCAUGAGAGGGUUUUGCGGUGGCACACGCGGUGCUUAUUGUUGGCUUUGAAGUAUGUGCACGACCAAGGCAUUGUACACUGUGAUGUCAAAGGGAAGAAUGUUUUGGUCGGUCCAGAUUUCACCUCCGUAAAGCUCGCCGAUUUUGGCUCCGCAAUUGUAAAGGAAUGUGCGGCGGACAAGGAUCAUAGUACCAUGAUCACGCCACGUGGAAGCCCUCUAUGGAUGGCUCCGGAGGUUAUACGCGGUGAGUAUCAAGGGCCGGAGAGUGACGUUUGGUCCUUAGGCUGCACCGUCAUUGAGAUGGUCACCGGAAAGCCAGCUUGGGAAGAUCAAGGCUUCAACUCAUUGGCUCGUAUUGCUAACUCGGAGGAAUUGCCUCGGUUACCGGCUCAGUUAUCUGAACUGGGCAAGGAUUUAGUUGACAAGUGUUUGAGAAGGGAUCGGAAACAAAGAUGGAGCUGCGAUCAGCUGCUACAGCAUCCAUUUGUGAGAUCGGCUUCAGCCCCGAUCGGGGAACCAUCUCCACGUUGUGUGCUCGAUUUCAACAGCUCGGAGUUCAAAGACAAUGAAAAUACGGGAAACUUGGAAGGUUCGGUGAGGGAAAGGAUAGGUAAAUUAGCGAGGGAAGGCGGCGCGUUUUGGGAAUCGGAUGGAUGGGUGGCGGUGAGGACUUACGGUCGUGAAACGCAUCAAGAAGGGACAAAAGAGGAAACGGAGUGUACAGGUACGGUUGGGAUUAUUAGGCAAGGAAUUGAAGGGACAAAUUCGGAAACUGCUGAUUGUUGUUAUGGCGCUAACUCAGUGGAGUGGCAGUGUUGCAAUUACGAGGUCACGAAAAGGAUAAAAUGGUCGAGUGCUUGGAGCUGUCCGAAUGGGUUACAAAAGGGAGAGUUGAGAAUCUACAUCUUUUGUAAUUUAUUAUUACAACUAUUUUUCUGUAAUUUAAGAAAACUCAUAUAUGUUUUAUUGGUAUUAGGGUGUUGUUUGGUUGACGGCUUCUUCCGGCAUUGA